CUCAGGACUCCUGGAAGGUAGCCUUGCGCUACAGAUUCAAGAAUCGGCGAAGGGUUCUUCCGUGCGAUGGUCGCCUGGGCGAGAACCGUGCGAAGUUUGGGUCACGCAGGAAGGACACUGAAGAAACAGCCAUGGUGGAGCUCCAGCGGCACAAAGUGCAAAAGAUGGAUGUUCCUAUCUCUACAAUAGCCGGAGAAGACGAAACAAGUUUUGAAAUGCACACGGAGUGGCUCAGCUGUGAAUCUCGCAAAGGCUCUCCUGACGAGGAUCAAAUCAAUGAAAGGAUGGCCUUGACAUGUCGCCAAAGAAUUUCUGACAUCGCAACAAAUAGUAUUCAUGAGGCGAAGAGGAAGUACCCAUACAUGAUGAGCUUUGAGCGGGUAAGUAAACUUUUGCUACUAUGUAUGAAACAGCAUUGCACUUUGUACACAUCUUUUUUUUUUCAGUUUUGCAGUGACUUCGCUAGACUAACUAAGAUUGACCCUUCACCUUGCAUUGCAAAAGGGAUCAACAAAAUUGUGAAAAUGGCAGAAAUGAAACGCAUCCCUUGCGAAGCAAGUGUAAUGGCAUCACUUGAACAGGCUCGUGAGAUGUCACCGGAGAGGCUGCGAACACGACACAUCCUAACAGUUGCAGCACUUCGGAUACUGUCUUUCAAUGUCAAGGAAGUUAAUGGUCUGUCAUCUUUGUUUGUGCAAGAGGAGGACCCAAGCGUUCCUGCAACCCCUUGCAUCGUAUAUUCUGGAGCAGACGUUGUAGAGGCUGACCUUCUCCACAUCAAGGUGGACCGCGAAAAGUUGUUUGCGGUGAAAAAUGGGGAGGAGGGGCUGGCGGCUGUCUUAUCUGCUUACUGGCUUUUCAAUAUCCAGUACGACCGCAAGCUGUUCAACACUCUUGUCGUGUUGGAGCGCCUUUUCCUUGGGCUCACAUUGAGUUCCCCUAGAGUAGUGGCUACAAAGUUCUUGAAUAAAGUCACCAAAAGUGAGCCAUGUUGA